AUGGGUUGGUCUGAUUGUACACAAGGAAUAUGUAUGCUAUUAUUCUGGGGAAGGAAAAAUAGUCAGCAAAACAAUGUCGAUAGAAAUGCUGCAUCAGAUAGGCAAAUAAAAACAUACCCCACCAUCAAUAUGCCUAAUCUCUUACAGAAACCAAGUGAUAGUGAACUUCAGAGAGAUAGAACUAAUGAAGCAAAGGUACACAAUGAUGACGACGAAAUUCAGAAAGAUGAAGUCGUAGAAGACAAACACAACCAUGUUGAGAUGACAUCACAAUCACCACAGCAUAGGUGUGGUUCACAAAAUCUAAUGAUAACAUAUCGAGAAAUUGAUUCAGAUCAAUACACUAUUGAGUCAAACAUGGAUGAUGAUGAUACUGUAUUAUUAAGUUUGACAACGCCUAAAUUAAUGAAACAAAAUGGUGGGAAAGAUGUUUCAAUUUUAAACAGAAUCGAAUAUUCUAAUAAUAUUCAUCCUUUGAUGAUAGCAAAAAGUGAAAUAAUCGUCAACAAAACCACCACAUUAACUGAUGAAGAUAAUCCACAGGCUGAAAUAUUCAAUAAGACACCAAGAAUGAUGACGAUGAUGAGUAGAGCGUUGAAAAAACUGCCUACCCGUAACAAUUUAUUAUCAUUACAAUCAUCUAUGAGACAGUCUAUGCCUUCAAAACAUUUAUCCACUAUCAUCAUCCAGCCAACAAUAUCAUCAGCACCUCCAAUACUUAUCAAAGAUAAUUAUUAUUAUUACAACUUUUUGAUGAAUAGUAGUACAUUCAAGCCAUCCAUAAGAGAUAAACUAAUGACUGAAGUGUUACAGCCAACAACAGAACAAACUAAAAUGUUGUAUAGAGAUUUACAAAUCGAAUUAGAAAGUCAAUUGGAUUGUGAUAUAAAUCAACGCGUUGACCGGCCUAGAUUGAAUUAUCAAACUGCUAACAAGCUGGGUAAUAAUAAUAUUGACAGCAAGAGUUGGCUUAAAGCAGCUCGUUUGCUAAGCAAGCCAUUAGAUAAAUCGGCUUACUUUAUUCUACGUAUUCGAAAAAGGCAUAGGUCAAGGACAACAACAAAAUUGGGUUUUAAGCAGAAUCGUAAUAAUCGAUUAGGCAGGCGAUUAACAAAGUCAUUAAGCUGUAUUAGAAAGCAAAUACAAUUACCAUAUGGAAAAAUGUAUGACUUUUGCCAAAAUACUUCGAUACUACCUACUACUACGAUUAAACCUACUACUGAAUUAAAAAAUCGAACACAUCAAAUCUCACAGGAAUCACUAUCACAAAGAAUAAAUACACCAGAAAAGUUGGUAAAAAUGUAUGCUACUGCCGCGUAUCGACUCUACACUUAUCCCAACACUGGAGAUGAUGAUAAUCUUGAUGAGUUAAUCAUAUGGACUUGGGAUGAAAACAUGAAUGAAGGUGAAGAAUCUAAGAGAAAUCAAGAUGAUAACGAAGAUAAUAAAAACAAUAGUAGUAGUAAUAACAAUAAUAAUACUAAUAAUAAUAAUGAGAAAAAUAAUUUAUUUUCUAACCCUGUUAGCACUUUGACACGAAAACUUUCAAAAGCCACAACAAUAAACUCUCAUCAUGUUGAUCAAAAUCAACCUGCUAUAAUAAUGAAUAAUGUACAGAAUAAACUGAAAAAGUAUCUUUCUUUAACUGAUUUAAUCUUACACGGGAUAGAUUGGAAAGGUGAUCUUCUCAUCUCUAGAGGAUUACAUGUAAGAAAUAUUUUUGAACAAGACGAAGAACAAUUUCUUGAUCAGUUAAUCAUACUGAAACGUUUAGAGCUAUUAACACAAUUAGAAGAAUACAAAUCAACUAGAUAUUAUUAUAUAAGAUGUCAACAGAAUGAUUUAAAUGAUUUUAUUCCACAGAAAUCAGUUGAUCGGAUAGGCAAAAGUUCAUCUAAGUUUACACAUAGACAACGAUGCGACCAUCAAAUACCGCUAAAUCUCAAAUCUUCGUAUUCAAAUCUACCCCCAGUGAUAAUAAACAAGUCGAUUGAACAAAAACAGAAAAAUAUGAAAGAUGUUAUACACUCAAUAAAGAAUUCUGAUCACUUGCAGCACACGCCGCCACAUAGUAUAUAUACUCAAAAGAAAAACAUUCUACCAUCUAAACGAAUACUUUACAAAAUGCGAUCAUUAAAUAAAAUCAUACCAAUUGACAAUGGAAAUGCACUACUAGAAUAUUCUGAGGUGAAUACAAACAAUGCAGAUACAAAACUGAUCACCAUCUUACCGAGUAUAAAUGAUGAUAAAAAGUUGAAGGUGACUGGGAAAAAAACCUCAAAACAUCUAAAAUAUCCACGGAAAUAAUUUUAAAAAAAAGCAAUGAAAUCGCAUACAGAAAAUGUUAGACUGCUGCGAACUCCACCCCCGACACCCCGCGCAUAAAUGAAGAGUACCAGAAGUAGAGUGGGCACACCAUCCCCACCCAAAAUACUCCAAUUUGAAUGAGCACCACUAGGUUAUUAGUAUAUUAAUAAGCCAUACAUAUACUACAACUACUAACAUGGAACAAUAAUGAAGACACAAUCUUAGAUGUGUACCUCUGAGGCCUGUUACUGCUGCCUAUGACUAUGAAAAAACAACAGUUACUGCCGCAAAGACUAUUAACAAGACUUGUUUGUUGAAAUUGGUGAAGUUAAGCCGAUGUAGGCUUUAACACUAUUCGAAAUCUUGGUGAUAGCAUCCAG